UAACUUGGCGCAGAUGACGGACCGCAGGCUCGCGCCACUUGAUGCCCCCACAUCCACUCACGCUCACACACAGACGCACACACACACGCGCACCCUCACGCACACACAUUCCAGCAGUGACUGUGUGCUGUGGUCGCCUCGCCUCCAGUAACGGACGUGCUUCUUUUGGAUUUAGCAGCCGGUGUCUCCGUUCAGCGAUGGACUGAGGAGCUGCUCGAGCUGGGGUAAAUGUGAGAGCAGUGUUACAGAGAUGUCUGUCCCCUGCAGUUAGCGGCAGCUCUACAAUGAUGGAAAUUUAAAAGAGAGUCUGCAGCUCUCCUCUCAGGGACAGUCCUCUGCAGCCCUUCUCUGGUCACAGGCCUGCCUGCCAACUAUCAUCCACAUCUUUCUAUCCACCCAUCCUUCCCCCGUCAUGAAAGGCCUGUCCAGUAGUCGGAGUCACCAUCACGUGAUCUCCUAUGAGCCAUCAUAUGAUCCCCUUGGUCACCACGUUGACCGCAAGCCAUAUUUGAUCAGUCAGAAUGACAUGCAUGUGCCCAUCCCCAUGCCACAUCCGGCUGAGCUGUCCUACUACAACGCUCAGCGAACCCCGUACCCCUCUGACAGCAACAGCAUCGUCCCAUACGGAACCUUCCCAAGGAGGUGCCACUCCACCUCCUCCUCUCACCAUCCUGAGGUAAAGGAUGAGUGUAUGGCCAUGGUACCAUUUAUAGGAGGAGGAGGUGGAGGAGGAGGAGGUGGAGGAGGCUAUGGAGGUAAAACACCAACCCGGGUACCUGCAAACUUUGCGGACCCGUAUGAGCGUCAGCCAUCAUUUUCCAGAGAUGGCUACCACACUUUGCAGUACAAACGAGGAGUGCUUGCCCAGAGUGGGGGGGCGGUGGCCAACAACAACAACAACGACAGUCCGGGGAGAAUCCGCCACCUGGUCCACUCGGUCCAGAAACUCUUCACCAAGUCACAUUCACUUGAGGGGCCACACCACACACAGUCCUCCAAGGGGGCCAAUAAUGGGAGCGUUAAUGGUGGUGGUGGUGGUGGAGCAGGUGGUGGUGGUGGUUCAAGGGCCAGCCCAGAAGGUGAAACUCCGCCAGGAGUGCGCCACCGGAAGCGCAGCAAGAGCCGCGAGCGCUGUCGAUCAGCGGAGCCCAAGCACCGAAGCCACCACCACCACCAACACCACCAGCUCCAUGGCUCAGCGUCCGCUCCGGGCUCUGGCUACUGGAGCUCAGAUGACAACCUGGAACGGGAGCUGUGUCUCUACCACCCUCAUCACCACCAACCUCCACCCUCACCCUCACCCUCCAUGUCCCCCUCGCCCAUCGCCAUGACAAUGGGCCGGUACCCCGGCAACAACCAUGACAAAUUCCCCCAAUCUCCCAUCCCCGUGCUCUCCUCCUCGCAGUCCCAGCAGUUCUUCAUGAUGGACCCUUACGGCACACUCAACGAGCACACAUACACCCAUGCACACCAUGGCCACACACACCACCAUCCUGCACUCAAAGUCUCCCGGAGCAACAACGAUGUGAAGUAUUCGGCCUCGUCAGCAUGUGUGCCAGUUAGUGUCAGCAGCAAUAACAGCGGUGGCGGUAUCGGUGGAGGAAGUGGCUCCUUGCUACCAAUGGGGCUAGUGGACGGGCCCAUUGUGAAGAAAGGGGCAUGGUCAUCGAGCCUAACGGUGAGCAGGGCCCGAGAGGUCUACACGAACAACAGCAGCCACAACCAGCUUCGAGACAGCGCAGGACCCGGUAACCUAAACCUAGAUAGAGCUCUAGUCAAAUCUAAGGGCAGUCAGCAGCAGGAGCGCACUUGCCAUUUCUUACAGGUACCUCAGGACGAGUGGAGCGGCUUCUCUCCUCUGGGGAAGGAGGACGACAUCCCCUGUCGGAGGAUGAGGAGCGGUAGCUACGUUAAGGCCAUGGCCGAGGACGACAGUGGAGACUCUGACGGGAGUCCCAAACCCUCACCGAAGAUCCAGGCACGCCGGGCAAGCUACCUGAAAGCCACACAACCAUCACUGACCGAGAUGACUACUCUACAGAUCUCCACGGAGCACUCCCCCAAGCUGCAGAUCAGGAGCCACAGUUACCUGCGAGCGGUGAGUGAGGUUUCAAUCAAUAGAAGCCUGGAUACCCUGGACCCCAAAACCCUCCUCGACCCCAAAUCGCUGCUGUCCUCACCCCAAUACCGCUCACGCAAUGAAAGCUACAUGCGGGCCAUGAGCACCAUCAGUCAGCUGAGUGAGCUGGAGCUAAACGGGCAGAUCGAGCAGGUGUGUGAACAGGUCUACAAUGCGUUGCAGUCCCAGGCCAUGGAGGCUGCCAUGGACAGCCUGGAGACCAUGGACACCCUGCCCAUGCCUGGAUGCUUUCGCAUGCGGAGCCACAGCUACGUGAGGGCGAUCGAUCAGGGCUGUGCGUCGGAGGACGAAGGAGAGGGAGGGAGGCCGUUGCUCCUGCUGCCUUCCUCUCCACCGAGAACAUCUGCCACCACCGUGAGAACCAUCCAGAGCAGCACAGUUUCAUCCUGCAUCACCACCUAUAAGAAAACACCUCCACCCGUGCCGCCCCGGACCACCACCUGCUCCACAUCCUCCAAGCCGUACAUCUCCAUCACCGCCCAGAGCAGCACAGAGUCUGCACAGGAUGCAUACAUGGAAGAGGAGGGGCCCAGAGGGGACAUGACCAUUCAGUCAGGACUCAGUAACUCCACAGAGAGCAUCGACAGCAUGAAGGCUCUGACGGCUGCUAUAGAAGCUGCUAACGCACAGAUCCAUGGACCAGCCAGUCAGCACGUCAGUAACAGCAACAACAGUAUGACGGUCAACAUCCCCACACCCAUCUUGACCAGGGGGCCAGUCGUUGAAAUCCACCGGGAUGACUACAGGAAAGAAGCUUUCAGGAAGGGGAAAUGUCUCUCCAUAGGCAUCCAGGUGGAUGGACCAGAGGACGAUCCAGAUCCAGAGGACCCGUCUAAGUUUACCUCUGUAGGGGUUCAAGUGGAGGAUGACAGAGGGUAUCGGCGAUUCCAGCGCUCCAACAGUGUGACGGCCGCUGUACAGGCAGAUUUGGACCUGCCCGACCCGAUGGACACCCCUCUAGACUCGGACACGGACGUGGAGGUCCUGUCGUCCGGUGCCCUCUCUCGACAGUACUCGCGCGAUGCUGCCACGUCCACCGUCAGCAUCCAGGGCUCAGGGAACCACUACCACGCCUGUACCUCUGAUGACUACGACGAUGUGGGCUUCGACCCGUCCAUCCUCCCCCCUCCAGACCCCUGGAUAGACAGUGUGACCGACGACUCGCUCGACGUCAACUUCCACACCUCUUCUCUUCUUGAGGCGGUGCAGCGGUCGGUGUGUCAAAGAGACGGACGCUGGUUUCUGAAGCUGUUGCAGGCAGAGACCGACCGUUUGGAUGGCUGGUGUCGACAGAUGGAGCUCGACCAGCGGGAGAAUGAACUGCCAGAAGAUAGUAAGGUCCUUGGAAAGAUGCGGAGUGCUGUUGGAAGCGCUCAACUUCUCAUAUCUCAGAAGUUUCAACAGUUCAGGGAGCUGUGUGAGGAGAACCUGAACCCGAACGCCCACCCCCGCCCUGUGGCCUCAGACCUCGCUGGUUUUUGGGACAUGCUUCAGCUGUCCAUCGAGAACGUAAGCCUCAAGUUUGAUGAGCUUCAUCAGAUCAGAGCCAAUGGCUGGAGACCCCUGGAACCCCCAGAGAGAAAGUGAAGGCGCUUGCAAACAGCCACGCAUCAAUCAGCAUAACUGCAAUGCCAACAGCACCACGGGGGCCUUGGCACCUCUGGGCCACCGUAGAUCCAUAAUGUCUGUCCUUCCAUCCAUAUCUCCAUGCUUUCUUCUGCCCUUCCUUCCUUCCUUUCAUCUUGCUGCCGCCUGCAGCCGCCGCCUCACCACUAGUGACUUUUUGUUGUGCGUUUCGCUGCUUCCAGAGUGAAGACAGUGACGUCAGGGAGCGUCACUCAUGUUCCUUUCUUAAUACAUACAUUACAGUUUGCAUUUCACAGUUUACAAGGCAGUCUCAGGUGACCUCAAAUAAGAUAAUAUCAAGUUGAAUGAAGUUCAUUCACUACAAAGAUGUACAUGAUGUCAAAAAACAAAACAUGAAAAGGGAAUUAUUGAGAUCAGAAAAAGCUUUUCUUAUUUAUUUACUUCAUCUUCUAUUUCCACAUCCUUUGCACAGCCAAAGGAGCUUUCUCUUUCUACAUUAUUGAGAUCAGGAUUGUUUCCUACUAUGAGGUGGCAGUUUGUUACAGUACAGCUUAAAUGAACUCGGUUGGUGGAACUGUUUUCCCGAUCACUGGAAAGUUUGCACAUGACGUCUCUGUUAAAUACUGCGGCGCAGUUUCCACCAACUCUCAGCUUACUGCUCUAACUGUGCGUGGCUGUAAGCGCUGUUGUUUUUUUUAUAUUGAGGCUGAUUUGCAAGCAAGGGGCCAGUGUUUCCAAAAAUGAUUACAUAAAAGCGCCUUUAGAUACAGAGAUGCACACUGAUGCUAUUUGCUCUGCAGCUCAGUUAGGGGAGCAUUUAACCCUUUGCAUGCACCAGGCUAAUAGAUGUUGAAGUGUCUGAUAUGUGCAGUCGUUUCCCAGGUUUAAACAGGUUAAAAAACAAUAACUAAAGCACAGUCGUGUGUGAUUGAAGGAAAGUACUGAAAUCCUUUUGUAAGCACAUUAAGUUGACAUGGUUGGGUUAGGCACAUUUACCUGCAUGCUGCCAUUACAGCCAAACACCAAAACAGGUCAAAUAUUCUCCCAGUUUUAAGAUACAUGGAUUCAUAUUAAGAAAAUGUGUGACCUCAGUUGAAAUGUAGAGCAGGAUGUCUGCAGAGGGAAACUGAAGCCAUGUUCAGGCACAGCUCGUACCAUAAGAUAGCACAUUACCUAAAAGUAUCUGUUAUAGUUAAAUACCUUCUUGCAUGCACAUGAAAGCUUUUGAUAGGAAUGUAGAGCAGGAUAGUUUUAGAUAUAGGACAUUGUUCAACAAUGCAAUUAAAACAUGUUAAAUCAAACUAAAAGCAUCAGAUGAGCGUCACAGGCACAUACAGUGCACACACACACACACACACACGCACACACACACACACACACACACACACACACACACACACACACACACACACACACACACACACACACACGCACACAGACGUGUGUCUUUUUCCUGAAAUGUUCUCCCCCCUCCCCCCAAACGUCCUCUCCCACCAGGAGAGGCGGCUCCCUCCUCCAGUGCCAAAAAAGCCACCCAAGGGUCCCCACCACCACCCACCUCUGGCCAGAGACCGCUCCCUGGAGAGCUCCGAGAAACAGCGGCAGGAGGCCAGGAAGCGCCUGAUGGCGGCCAAGAGAGC